AGCAAAGUUAUGUAUACAUUUGUUUACUUUAUGCUGUUUGCUCUUUAUCUGCUGCAGCUGCUUAGGGCUGUGCCUUGUGACCGCGGCACUAUCACUAGAGAUCACGAUGAAGCCUUUAAUAUGCUCAUAGCGGGUGGUGUGCUGCCUGACAAUGGCAAAUAUGCCUCACAUGUGGUGUCUAUACGCACGCUGGAGAUGAUUGAGUACCCGGGUGACAAUCAUUUCUGCACUGGCGUCAUUAUAAGCAGCACCACUAUACUGACUGCAGCACAUUGUGUAACAGAUAAAUAUAAAUCUGUGAUGAAUCCACGCGCUUUACUUAUUGUAUUUGGCUCAGUAUAUAGACUGGAGAACUAUGGGCGUGAGGAUUCAAGGCGCGUGCAGCACAUUAAAGUGCAUUACGCUUAUGUACGCUAUAAAAAAUUCGAUGCGGCGCUUUUGCAUUUGCGUAAAAGGAUACCGCCAAAUAUGCGCCAUGCUCAGCCCGUGCUUAAGCGGGACACUGUACGCAAACCCAUAAUGCAAACCACCUGCGUUACUAUCGGCUGGGGUCAGGUGUACCCGCAUGGCCCGUACUCCAAUGAGUUAAUGUUUCUCGAUAUUUCUAUACGUCCGCAUGAAUAUUGCAAAAGAGUGCCGCACUAUGAUGAGGAUUCCAAUCUAUGUGGCGAGCCCCAUGCAGAGGGUCAGGUAUGUCCUGGCGAUUUGGGCGGGCCACUGUUAUGCCACGAUGUGCUGUCCGGCAUUAUUGGCGGCUCACAGAAAUGUGAAGGGAAACAUGCCUUGAAGUUUGUUAAUUACACAACCAUAGAACAUUGGGUAGAAGACACACUAAUUGAGUUUUCGCGAGGCAGCAACAAGUGCUUAACAUUUAUUUUAACCGUAUUUACUAUUUUACGCACUUUAAUUCAAACGGUAAAACGAAAAACUGUGCUGUAAAACGACUGUUUAUUGCACACACUGUCAUCUUAAGCAAUUUCGUAAAAUAAAAUC